AUGGUCGGAGUAAAGCGUCCUGUGGACGCCGGCGACGAGCGCAAGGGAAAGCGGACAAAGACCAAGACACCACUCGUACCAACGAAGAAAGCCAAGGCUGCACCUGAGAAGAAAUCCAGCUCGAAGAGCGUGACAAAGAAGAGUUCAAAGCCUGAGAAGAAGGAUAAGAAAGCCUCGAAGAAGAAGGUCGAAGAGGAGGAGGAAGAUGACGAUGAUUUCGAUCUAGACGAUGUUGAGGACUCGGAAAUUGAUGACCUGGACAAUGUCGAGGACGAGGAUGUUGAUAUGAAUGACGGAGGCGACAACGAUGAUGAAGACGAAGAGGAGGAGGAGGAGCCGAAGAAGGCUGCGGAAAACGCAGAAGCUGCGAAAAACAAGACAUCCUCACGCGAAUCGCAUGCAAAGCAAAAGGUUCUCUUGCAGGAACGAAAAGCCGCAAAGCCCAACGCCGAUAUGAUUCAACGCUCCAAGCAGCUAUGGGAGCGUCUGCGCCGAAAGUCACAUGUCCCACUUGAGGAGAGAAAGAAACUCAUUGCCGAGCUUUUCGAUAUCAUCACUGGACGAGUGAGAGACUUCGUCUUCAAGCACGAUUCGGUCCGUGUUAUUCAGACUGCCUUGAAGUACGCAAAUAUCGAGCAACGGAAGCAGAUUGCGCGAGAGUUGAAGGGUCACUACAAUGAGCUUGCGCAAAGCCGUUAUGCUAAGUUUUUGAUCGGUAAACUGAUCGUCCACGGCGAUACUGAGAUUCGGGACUUGAUCAUCCCAGAGUUCUACGGUCACGUCAAGCGCCUCGUCCGACACCCGGAAGCAUCUUGGAUUCUGGACGAUGUUUACCGGCAGGUUGCGACGAAGGAGCAGAAAGCAAAGCUUCUUCGCGAGUGGUAUGGUGCAGAAUUCAGUAUCUUUAAGGAGGAGAAAGAUAAGACGUCAGAGCUUUCUGAGAUUCUUAAAGAGAGCCCGGAGAAGAGGGGACCUAUCAUGCAUUUCCUUCAUGAACUUGUCAACCAGCUGAUCCAGAAGCGUACCACUGGAUUCACAAUGCUCCAUGAUGCCAUGUUGCAAUAUUUCCUGAACACAAAGCCUGGCAGCUCGGAGGCCAAUGAGUUUAUUGAGCUGCUCAAGGGUGACGAAGAAGGUGAUCUGGUCAAGAACUUGGCGUUUACCCAGUCUGGCUCGCGCCUGAUGUGCCUGAGCUUGGCAUACGCCAGCGCCAAAGACCGGAAACUGCUUAUGCGGUUCUACAAGGACACCGUCAAGCUAAUGGCUGGUGACCUCCACGGCCAUAUGAUUCUCUUGACAGCAUAUGAAGUUAUCGACGACACUAAGCUUACAGCGAAGAUGAUCUACCCGGAGCUACUGAACCAAGGCGGCGACGCGGAGGCACGGAAUGAAGAGCUACUCUACCAGGUUAACGAUUUGACAGGCCGUAUCGCUGUCCUGUUUCCAUUCGUGGGAGACCGGGCCAAGUGGCUUUUGCCCGAGAUCGAUCAGCCAGUCUUGAAAGAAGUUCGUGAAAUUCGUCAGGAGACUUCGAAGAAGGAUCCGUCUGUCCGGCGCCAAGAACUGGUCAAGGCUGCGUCACCAACCUUGCUUGAGCUCAUCGCAGCCCGCGCAGACUCUCUCUUGGAGACAAGCUUCGGAUGUCAGUUCAUUGCCGAGGUUCUUUUUGAUGCCGACGGAGACAAGAGCGACGCUCUCUCCGCUGUUGCGGUUGCUGCCAAAACUCGUUCUGACACCAAGGAUUCGCCUUUUGUUGGACGACUGUUGAAGUCCCUCGUUCAAGGAGGCCGGUUCAACAGUGCAGAGAAGGUUGUAGAGAAGGUGCAGCCUCCAUUGAACUUCCACGGACUGCUGUAUGAACAAAUUCAGGAAGAGAUCAUGUCAUGGGCCACCGGAUCCAAUGUAUUUGUGGUUGUGGCCCUGACGGAAUCCGAUGAGUUUGAGAAGAAGGCUGAAUUGUUGAAGACUUUGAAGAAGGGUAAGAAGGCUCUGCAGCAGGCUGCUGCCGAGUCUGGAAAGGAUGACAAGAAGAAAUCAGGCCCAACCAGCAGCGGUGCUAAGUUGCUUCUGGAAAAGAUCUAG